GAUGGUGAUCAUUAUCGAAUUGUCGUACCAUUCAUCAGGAAAAUGAACACGCUUGACGCAAAUCUACAAUCAUUCACAAAUGCUGUUGGUCAACUCGGUUCAUCCGUCGCCAUAUCAUCCUCGGCAGAUGAACUACGCGAUUGUCUCCAGAGGCUCCUUCGUUCUUUUCAUUCUAACGCGGCCCAUCUCUUCGAGGGCGGAGAGAAGGAACUGGCUAGCAUACCAAAACCUAGGCGCCCAGCUUCUCGCUACCAUACACGCACUAUACGCUCCGCCUUGGUUCAGGUGGACUCCCCAGCUACCAUCCCGGAGCAAAUGGCUUCGUUGGCCCAUAGCCUAACUACAUUUGUUGGAUGUCUGAAUCAAAUCCCGGAGUUCACUGACCAAGCCGUCAAUGCUUCCACGACACUUUUCCACGAUAACCUGAUGUACUGGAGCUCAUACCAGUUUAAACGAUCAUAUAUAAGGCAAUACCUCAAUGAUCUCGCUACCGAGAUAGGCGAGCACUGCGAGAGCAUGUCACAUUCCCUCCAUGUAUUUGUUGACAUUGGUGAAGUGAUCCACUUUCGAGAACAAGAGCCUAUCUGA